GGUGUUGUUUGUCAGCAAGAGGACUGCCUCCAUUCCUUGAUACAUGCUUCUCCUUCCACAUAUGUCUUUCAAAUAUUGUGCAGCUUGGAUUAAUAACCUAUCUUUCUGGUGCUGCCUAGAAACGUUCCGAGAGUCACUGCGGAGUUCAACAAGGCUUGUAAAGUGAGAGACCAUGCCCAAGAAAGUGGCCAUUGUUGGGGCAGGUGUGACUGGACUGACCUCCAUUAAAUGCUGUUUGGACGAAGGACUGGAGCCUACCUGCUUUGAGAGGAGCAAUGACAUUGGGGGAGUGUGGCGAUACACGGAAUAUGUUGAGGAGGGAAGAGCCAGCCUCUACAAAUCAUUGGUCAGUAACACCUGCAAGGAGAUGUCGGCCUUCUCAGACUUUCCAUACCCAGAAGAUUUUCCAGUCUUUUUACCUCAUGCCAGGCUCCUUGAAUAUCUGCAGCUGUAUACAAAACAUUUUGAUCUUCGGAAGCACAUCCACUUCCAGACUACAGUGAUCAGCAUAAAGAAGCACCCUGAGUUUUCUGCCACUGGCCAGUGGGAUGUUAUCACAGAAACCAAUGGGAAGCAGAAGUCAGCUGUCUUUGAUGCUGUGAUGGUUUGCAUUGGUUACCUUACUGAGCCUUCAUUACCACUCAGCUCUUUCCCUGGUAUAAAAAAGUUUAAAGGCCAGUACUUCCACAGUCGGGACUACAAAAGCCCAGAGGUAUUCAGGGAUAAAAGAGUUCUUGUGAUCGGCAUGGGGAAUUCUGGAUCCGAUAUUGCAGUGGAAGCCACUCAGACGGCAAAAAAGGUGAUUCUCAGCACAAAUAGAGGCAGUUGGGUGAUAAGCCGUGUUUUCGACAAUGGCUAUCCAUGGGACAUGGUGUUCCUAACUCGUUUGUUCAACCUGAUUCGAAAUUUGCUCCCUACACGCAUAACAGGAUGGCUGAUUGAAAGCCGAGCAAGUCAGUGGUUUAACCACAGAAACUAUGGGCUGUUUCCAAAGGACAGGUCUGUGCUGAGAGAGAUAGUGAUAAAUGAUAUACUCCCUUCAUGCAUCAUCAGCGGACAGGUCUCUGUCAGGCCCACUGUGAAGGAAUUCAAGGAGAACACUGUUCAGUUCACUAACACUCCUAAUGCAGAGGAAGUGGAUGUUGUUGUCUUUGCCACCGGAUACAAAGCUUCUUUUCCUUUCAUUGAUGAGUCAAUUGUCAAGGUUGAAAAUAAGCAAGCUUCCUUGUACAAAUAUAUCUUCCCCCCUAAGCUGGAGAAGCCAACACUUGCCAUCAUGGGCUUCAUCAGGGCCCAAGGGCCUAUCAUGCCAACGUCUGAAAUCCAAGCGCGCUGGGUCACACGUAUCUUUAAAGACUUGUGUAAGUUGCCUCCAGUGAACACAAUGAUGACGGAAAUUGAUGAAAUCAAGAAAAACAAGCCCAAACGGUUUGGUUUGACCUAUGAUGAGGCUCUAAAAACAGACUGGCUUCUAUACAAUGAUCAACUUGCUUCUGCUAUUGGCAUAAAGCCCAGCGUGUCAGCUUUGCUUCUCAAAGAUCCAGAACUGGCCACAAAGAUUUUCUUUGGGCCCUCCACGGCAUACCAGUACCGUCUGACAGGACCAGGGAAGUGGGAUGGAGCCAGAAGUGCCAUCAUGAACCAGUGGGAGCGGACCUUGAAGGCUACAAGGACCCGUGAUGCAGAAGACGCUUCAAAUUUCCUCAUGGUAUUACUGAAAGUGCUGACCCUAUUUGCUCUCUUUGUUGGAAUUUACUUUGGUUUCAAUUAGUUCUGAAAGAUGCCCAGCAUUAUUAUCUAUAUCUUUCAAGAUACAUAUUUUUUUGUCUAUGUUUCACUGCCUUUCAGAGGAUGAGGAGGAGAAAGCAAGAGCCUAGGUGAGCACACAAAUUGACAUGCACAACUAGAAUAUUGGACACAUCUAAAUUCACUCCAUUUGAAAUUUGUAUAUCUGAGUCUCAAAUGAUUUUUUUUUAAGAUGGAAGAACAACCUCCCAUACCUGUUGGAGAUGGGCUUCUACUUCUAGUACAUCGACAU